CAUCUUUUCAACAUUGACCAAAAUAGGACCUUUCGGCGCAAUUUCGUCUUUCCUUUGCUUAAACAUUUUCUUUGCUUUGAUUUUUUGUUUUUUAAACAAUUGUUUCUUAUUUGCAUUUACGUAUAAGAUAUAUGAGAGUGUGUAUACAAUACAAUCCAAAAGACGAGAGGAACAUUAAAGCGGAAAGAAGGGUAAACAAUAAUAGAAACAGGAGAAGCAGAAGUACUCUGGUCUCUUAUCAGAAUCUGUUUUGUACUUGUGAGCAAACUCCUCAGAUUUUGUUUGUUUUUCUUCAGGAGCAUUGUUCUGUUUUGAGAGGCAACAGUAGCAGGAAGCUGGUGAAGCGUACUUGUAUUUAGCUGUGGGGGUUGAUAAUUUUUUUUAACUUCCAUACUAUCUCUUAGAUUAUAAAGAGAAACUAUAUCAUGGGGUUACUCUGCAGUAGAAGUAGACAUCAUACAGAAGAUACCGACGAGAAUACACAGGCUGCUGAAAUCGAAAGACGGAUAGAGCAAGAAGCUAAGGCUGAAAAGCAUAUUCGAAAGCUUCUGCUACUUGGAGACUUAUCUGCUGUGCGGGUGAAUCCGGAAAAUCUACUAUUUUUAAGCAGGCAAAUAAAACUUCUCUUUCAAACGGGGUUUGAUGAAGGAGAACUAAAGAGCUAUGUUCCAGUCAUCCAUGCCAAUGUUUAUCAGACUAUAAAAUUAUUGCAUGAGGGAACAAAGGAGUUUGCUCAAAAUGAAACAGAUUCUGCAAAAUAUACGAUAUCCUCUGAAAAUAUGGAGACAUGUGCUCGUGGUAACGAGCUUCAAGUUCCUGAUUGUACGAAAUAUCUGAUGGAGAACUUGAAGAGACUAUCAGAUCUGAAUUAUAUUCCAACAAAGGAGGAUGUUCUCUAUGCAAGAGUUCGCACAACUGGUGUUGUGGAAAUACAGUUCAGUCCUGUGGGAGAGAAUAAGAAAAGCGGUGAAGUGUACCGGUUAUUCGAUGUGGGUGGACAAAGAAAUGAGAGGAGGAAAUGGAUUCAUCUGUUUGAAGGUGUAACUGCUGUGAUAUUUUGUGCUGCCAUCAGCGAGUAUGACCAAACGCUCUUUGAGGAUGAGCAAAAAAACAGGAUGAUGGAGACUAAAGAAUUAUUCGACUGGGUCCUGAAACAGCCCUGUUUCGAGAAAACAUCUUUCAUGCUGUUUUUGAACAAGUUCGACAUAUUUGAGAAGAAGGUUCUUGAUGUAAGAGCAGAAGCGUACUUUUAUUUGUGUAGAUAUACAAGGAUCUCUUUUUAUAUUGAUGAAAAUGCAAGAAUCUGCUUCCAUAAAACGCUUUUUAUUUUAUCUGAUGUGCUUAGGUUCCGUUGAACGUUUGUGAGUGGUUCAGAGAUUACCAACCAGUUUCAAGUGGGAAACAAGAGAUUGAGCAUGCAUACGAGAGGUUUUGUGGUGAGUUCAUUAGUCUGGGAAAAAAUGGUGGAACUAUUUAUCUGGUUUGUGAAGAAGAAAUUCGAGGAAUUAUAUUACCAGAAUACGGCUCCGGAUCGAGUGGACAGGGUAUUUAAGAUCUACAGGACGACGGCUUUGGAUCAGAAGCUCGUGAAGAAAACGUUCAAGCUCGUAGAUGAGACUCUAAGAAGGAGAAAUCUAUUGGAGGCUGGGCUUUUAUGACUUAUUAUAAUUAUAACUCUCAAGUAAAUUACCUAUCCUUUUUUUAUUGUCUUAAUUGUUUUUCAAAAACUGAAUGACUGUAAUUGAUCUGUCGGGACAAAGACUUGGUGAUUCAAAAUUGGAUGUGUCGAUGGCUACGGCUGUUUCUCCUCUCCCACUCAUCUUCGACUUCUGAUUUUUUUUAUACCGAAAGCAUUGUAUUAAAAUUUCAGGGAAUGUUGAUACUAGAAUACAGUUUUAAGUAUAUUUUUUUGUUUUGUUUCAAACAGUUAAAGUAGAAUAAACCCUGGAUUUAGCACCAAAUUCUGUUCAUUAUGAGACAAUUUCUAAUGUA